UUAUUCUUGCAUGGAGGUAGUAUAUGUAUGACCGGAGCUACUUCAGAUGAAAGCACUCUUGCUUCACACUUUUUCCAGGUUUUAUAUAUAUAUAUCCCAAAAGCUUACUCAUGGCCAAUGGUUCUGUGGUCUCAGCUGCUGUUAAAAGGCUUGAUGGAAAAGUGGCGAUUAUAACUGGUGGUGCCAGCGGAAUAGGUGAGGCCACUGCAAGACUCUUCUCUAAGCAUGGAGCUCAUGUGGUGAUAGCUGAUAUUCAAGACGAUUUGGGUCUUUCUCUCUGCAAUGAGUUGGAAUCAGCUCUAUAUGUUCAUUGUGAUGUGACAAAGGAAGAAGACGUUGAAAAGUGCGUGGACAGAGCAGUUUCCAAGUACGGGAAGCUGGACAUCAUGUUUAAUAACGCUGGUACAGGUGACGAGUUCAAAAGAAGCAUACUGGACAACACAAAAUCUGAUUUUGAGAGAGUGAUAAGUGUGAACUUGGUUGGUCCAUUUCUGGGAACAAAGCACGCUGCAAGAGUGAUGAUUCCUGCUAAAAGGGGUUGCAUAAUUAACACAGCUAGUGUUGCAGGAUGCAUAGGUGGAGGUGCUACACAUGCCUACACCAGUUCAAAGCAUGGUCUUGUGGGACUGAUGAAAAACACUGCGGUGGAGCUUGGACAAUUCGGUAUUCGGGUGAACUGCGUGUCUCCUUUUGCGGUUGCCACACCGUUGUUAAGCAAGUAUUUCAAUCUUGACGAAGAAGGAGUUCGUGAGGCUUAUUCCAACCUAAAAGGUUCUUAUCUUGUGCCUAACGAUGUGGCUGAAGCUGCUCUUUACUUGGCAGGUGAUGAGUCUAAGUAUGUCAGUGCUCUCAAUCUUGUGUUAGACGGAGGAUUGACCAAUUCAAAUGUAGGAUUUCCGAUGUUUGAGAAAUCUGUGUAAACAUAUGUUGUAUCUUUAAAUAGUUCUUCUUGUUUUGGCUUGGCGAUCAGUUCAGAAACUGCAGCUUCCAGUAUAUAUAUGUGAAGUGGUAUUGUAAUCCUCACUCUGUAAUCUAGCCAUUUUGCUCAUUUAUGUGCAAAAAAUGAAGAUAGGUUACGAUGAAAAUUAUUAUUU